AUGGGUUCGAUUGUAGAAGACAUGCGAUCACUUGUGACGUCUUCUGGGCAACGUCAUCGUGUGCUUCAACGCAUAUUGGACCGGCCUGGUGUUUUUGGACUCAUCUCCUAUGCAGCAGCAUUGUACUAUGCCUCAUUCAUUCUAGAUUAUAGGAAUGCUGAGCAUACAAGAGUCAGCGAACAUGCUCUGAUGCCUGGAUUAGUUACCGAAAGAUUCGACAAAGAUGGAUUGGCAGUGGAAUAUUUGCAUGGGUUGCGAGAACAUGUAAAGUUAGUUUUACUUUUUAUUUACAAGGAGUAAUC